CACGUGGGAUGUGGUGUGGGGCGCAAUAACAUGCAUUGUUUGUUUGGGUUUUAAUUUAGUCAGCUACUUCCGGAAAAAGCACCUCGCUCGCCGGAAAAGGAAUAGAGAAAGAGUGAGAGAGCAGUCAAAACAGAACAGGCACGGCUGCAAGCUCUAGCCGUCAACUACUAGUUUUAUUUUUUUGAAGCUUGUCGAUGUACCUGUUCCUCGUGUCGUGCAAUUUAAUAUUCAGGCCUUCCAUUCGAGGUGCCUGAUUUGCAGAUUGAGGACCAAAAUCUGCGCAGAGGAUUACAGUGCGGAGUCUUCGGGCCUACAGCAAACAGAGCCUCUCUUCUUUUGGAGGAGAGACUUUGAAGGGGCGAUAGGAUGGCAGAUGCAGACAGCAAAUCCAGUGUACCAAAUGGUGGCACAGAGGACCCAGAGUCUGCCGAGGAUAGAGGGGGUGAGGGGGACUCAUCCUCAACUGCAGAGGUCCAGGCAUGCCCUGACACAGCUGCAGCAGACUCUAGCCCUGCUACAGGUUCAGGGGAGGGGGGUGAGGACAGACCCAUGCCCGAGGCAGAGCGCAACAAGGAGGACGAGGAGGAGGACACAGACAGCAUGGACGGCAGCGGCCUGUACUCCCUGACUGAGGAAGGGGAGCUGGGGAGCGAGGAGGGAGGCAGGAGAGAGAGGGCCAAGGAAGAGGAGAGUGGUGGCACCAAACGGACGGCCAGGAAGAGAAACCGGCCCGGUGGCGGUGGUGGCGGGGGUGGUGGUGGUGCCAGCAUGGGUCGCCACUCCUCCAGCUCGGACGAGGACGAGAAUGAGGAGGAGGACGAGGAGCUGGAAGAGGAUCAUGAUGAGCAGGCCAUGGAGGAGUGGCUGGGUGCGGAGGUGCAGGAGCUGAGUGUGCCGGUGUGGCGGGCGGUGCCCUCGCUGCGGGCGCGCGAGAUCGGCUGGGGCUCGGGGCAGUUUGUGCGGCAUGUGUGUGGCGCCCGCGGCCUGGUGCAGCGCCUGGAACUGCAGGGCCGGCUGGAGAGGCACACGGGCUGCGUCAACACGCUGCACUUCAACCCCUCCGGCACACGACUGGCCUCAGGCAGCGACGACCUGCGCGUGGUCAUCUGGGACUGGGCGCAGCUCCGUGCCGAGCUGGAGUUCGACAGCGGCCACAAGAGCAACGUGUUCCAGGCUAAGUUCCUGCCACACAGUGGAGACUCCACCUUGGCCAUGUGUGCCCGUGAUGGCCAGAUCCGUGUGGCAGAGCUCUCUGCCACUCAGCGCUGCAAGAACACCAAAAGAGUGGCACAGCACAAGGGGGCAGCGCACAAGUUGGCGUUAGACCCAGACUCUCGCUGCUCCUUUCUCUCUGCCGGAGAGGAUGCAGUCGUGUUUGGUAUCGACCUUUGUCUCGACCGGCCUGCAAAUAAACUGGUGGUGGUCAAAGAAGGCGAUAAGAAAGUGGGCUUGUACACCAUCUUUGUGAACCCUGCCAACACACACCAAUUUGCUGUUGGAGGAAGAGAUCAGUAUGUUAGGAUUUACGACCGGAGAAAGAUAAACGAGAACAACAACAAUGGCGUUAUGAAGAAGUUCUGCCCGUCACACCUGGUGAACAGCGAGUCCAAAACAAACAUCACCUGUCUGGUUUACAGUCAUGAUGGCACAGAGCUUCUAACGAGCUACAACGAUGAAGACAUUUACCUGUUCGACGCAAACCACAGUGACGGUGCCGAUUACCGCAGGAAAUACAAAGGCCACCGCAAUAAUGCCACAGUGAAGGGGGUGAACUUCUACGGCCCCCGCAGCGAGUUUGUGGUCAGUGGCAGUGACUGUGGACACAUCUACCUGUGGGACAAGAACUCCGCCCGCAUUGUGCAGUUCAUGGAGGGAGACAGAGGCGGCGUGGUGAACUGUCUCGAGCCCCACCCCCACCUCCCCGGUCUGGCCACCAGUGGCCUGGACCACGACGUGAAGCUGUGGGCUCCCACGGCUGAAACACCCACUUCACUGAAGGGCCUCAAAGAGGUGAUGAAGAAGAACAAACGCGAACGAGACGAGGACAGUGUGCGCCACGGAGACCAGUAUGACACACAGCUGCUGUGGUUCCUGAUGAGGCACAUGAGAAACCGCAGGCCUCAGAGGGCCCGGCGUGGAGAGGGAGGGGAAGGGGACACGGACGAAUCCUGGAGCUCACCAGACUCCUCUGAUGAAGAGGACGGCGGUCCUGAUCAUGUCCAGUGCAUGUCCUCCUGAGCCACACACACACACACACACACACACACACACACACACACACACACACACACACACACACACACACACACACACACACACACACACACACCUGCAUACACGUUUCUUUUUGUUUGUUUUUUUAUUUUCGUUUUUCACUAAUCACUCAGAUCUUGCUACAUCCGCAUACACGUACACCCCAUAGCCCCAUAUUGAAGCACACAGACACUGGAAACCCACUAGUACAUGUGGUUACACUAAGAAGCCAGCAGCAAUUGAUCAAACAGACACACACACACACACAAUGGGGCAUCUCUCUCUCACACAAACAUACACACACACACACACACACACACACACACAAAGUGAGUGAGAUAGAGGAGCACAGACUGAAGUCAGUGCUGACAAAAAUCAUACCAGGCUUUAUACACAAACAUGACCCACAUUCACGAGCCACUCUGCAACAACAUACUUACAUACCAUUUAACACACACAUAUAUAAACACACACACACACAAACUCACAUUCAUCCACUGCUCCCUCCUUUGCACCCAUACACAAACACUUAUAAAUACAUCUCAUCAGCACACGCACACACUCCCAGUCACUCAUGAGCAGAUCUGAUCCAACGUUUCCGCUGCCUUUUUUUUUUUUUAAACGUCUUAGAAGAUUAGCUCCAGUUCAGCAAGCACCCACGUCCAAGGAGUAGUCACAGAAGUAUUCAAGUCAUAGUUGAGGAUUGAGUCUUGUUGGCUGUCGUAAAAAUCUGUUCCUGUCUGUGCGCGCUCUCUCUCUCUCUCUCUCACUCACUCACACACACACACACACACACACACACACACACACACACACACACACACACACACACACACACACUCAACACCUUUGGCCAGGUUAUACUUGAGGUGUCACACGUGAGGCGGUGUCUUCUCUUUGUAAGGCGACCGCUCUGUGUGGGUGCAGUGUUUCUUCCCAAACCAGCAUUGCUAUAGGCUCCUGCCUCCUCUUUACCUGUCUGAAACAUCUGUGAAUGAGUGCUCAGAUGCUUUGUAUGGAUUGUGAAUCUUGCUCUCCCUCUCCCCCACUCUACUCUUUUUUUGUUUUGUUUUUGUUCUUCUGGCCACUGAUCAGAUGGACUUGGAUGGGGACGGCCUUGGGCAGGCUUGCCCGGACUCCCCCUCUUGACGUCUCCUCAUGUUUUGGGUGCAGUUUCACCGGCUGUUGCCGACCUGCUAGUGGUGAGGCAAACCAUGCCCUUCCCCACUGGAGGAGCUAACCACAGGUGCAUGCAGGGCAAGCUGGGAGACUGCGCCUGUGUCCCCCGACCCCCUCCUUUAUCCCUCCCCUCCCAAUCUUGCUGUGCGCUCUCCUCUGGUUUUUUUCCCCAUGCUACUGAGUGCACUUUAAUCAGGGAUCUGCUUAGUUUGAGUCUGUAAGACAAGUGUGUGCGCGUAGGGGGCAUGCAAUAUUUUAUGUAUUCAACUUACUGAAAGUAUGCUUUUUUUUCUUUUGUCUCUAUGUCUCUGGCUUUUUCUUUAUUUCUGUUUAGAGAUGAACAAUCUAAAACUUAGUUAAGACUUGUUAAUCUGAAAUGAAGAUUUGGCACCAGCUCUGUAGUUUGGUAUUUGCACUUGUCAGGAGCCUGAAGACAGGGACUUCUUGAGUAAAACAUGGAGAAUCCUCUCUCUCUCUGCUCCCCCAACCCUUUUCUCCUGAUAUGGACUACCACUGGGAUAUUGGCCUCUCCAAAAUAUCGUUCCUCUCGCCUGUGCUUCACCUGAGACACCUGAGACUAAGGUCAGGAGAGCUGGCCAGCACCUCUCUCUCUCUUUCAUGGGGAACGUCGUCUUCAAGGAGCCCCCCUUUGCUAAAGGAAAGCGCAUGAAAUGCCAAGGCUGUAAGAUGGCUCCACUCAGUUUGGGAUUCUGCUCACUCAGUCCCAUCCCUCUUUCUUUCUUUCUUUUUCUUUUUUUUACAAAAAAAAAGUAUUAUUUUUUUCCCCCAAGAUUGUAAAUUUGGAUUUGGAAUUGAGAAUCUAGAGAAGAAUGACUGUUCUGAACUGUUGAUGCUUUACGGAGACACUUGUUAGGGAUUGCAAAGGGAUGACGGUGGGGCUCGAAGAAGGGGGAAGCUGGGGGGGAUCGGGUUAUUGGGUUCACAGGAAGAAGAGGGUGACCUAUGCCUGUUUUUUGUUUUUCACGUGGGAGGAAAAUUAGCUCCAGCUCUUCUCUUUUGUAUAAGUGAAAUAAGUUAAAUAAAUGUAUAUGUAUAUAACUAUAUAUAAAUAUAUAUAAAUAUAUACUAAAAUAAACUGUAAAGAAAUCAUCUUGACCAAAUAAUCUUUGAAAGGAUGUCAAUUGGUAUUAAUGCAGAGGUUUAUAUUAUCAAGAUGACAAAGUACUUUUGAAAUGAAAAGAACACCACAAAGCAAAAUUCUAAUAAUUUCUGAUUCAUGAACCUGAAGUCUGACAUCAGCAUUCAAGGUUUAAUGUUGUUUUAGGUUUAUUUUCCUGUCAUUUUACUGCUUAUCUGUUUCCAAAGACACUCCCAUGAAAUCCCUUCUGAUGGCAAAUUCAUUUCUGGUAUAGGCUAAAUGUUUAGGUCUAUGGUCAAUGAUUAUUUUUUCCCACUGCUGCCUACUGUGUUCUACCAGUUCAGUUACAAACAUGUACAAUUUGUGCAGUAAACAAGAUGAAAGAC